AUGUCCAUUACACAAAGUGCACUCGGUCGCGAAUGGGGUGUGGUGGCAUGUGGCUUUCUCGUUACGUACUACCGCGAGUUCACCAAGGAAGGGGAACCGCUAGCCCUCCUUGACAUGUAUGCCGACAACUCCCAUGUGGUUUAUGCGGAAUACAAUGAAAAUGUGGCACAAAUCGUACGCGGCCGCCAUGAGAUCCUCCAACACCUUGAGAAGAUGGACGCAGCGCUAGGGCGACGUAAGGUUGAGGUUCGCUUCGCCGACUUCAGCCCUAUUGCGGGCGGCAGCGUGCUCAUUGUAACUCAGGGUAUUAUGUACGUUCGUGGAUCACGGAAAGUUUUCACUCAAUCCUUCGUUCUCGCACCCACGCCAAAUCGUAGCAAUACAUACCACAUAGCAAGCGAAUAUUUUCGUGUGCUGCACGUGGAGAUGGAACGCAUUCCUGAAGGCAGUAUCAUAAUGACACCUGUGCAGGUCGCUCAGCACCUUCUUGGCGAGCAAGAGAGGCGAAAGAGGGAAGAGGAAGCACGCGAGCAUUUUCUGUUCCUUCAGAAGCAAAAAGAGGAGCAACAGCAACAGCAACAACAAAUGCUACAGUGUGCGGAUGCAGAGAUGGUGAAACAACAGGAGAAUGACCGCGCACUCGCUGCGGAAAAUCAGAGUGAAGCGUGGGACAAGCACCCACGUGGACAGGACCGGCGGAUGGGUAGGAAAGACUACAGAAACCGUGCACCUGCAGGGGCACGCAGUGAGGGUGUGGAAGAGAGGAAAGAGCGUGCCGAAUGGGAGAUGGGAAAACCCACCGAAUCGAGGACAAAUGAGGCUGAGGACGACACUGCAGGUGAGGGUAACGAACGCAACCGAUGGGAACAACCAAGGCGGAGUGAACCGCACAAACGUCCAGAGCGCGUUAAGAGGAAUGAAGGGGGUCGGCGUGCAGAAGGCAAUGAUCAAAAUGAGGUGGGACGCCCUGAACGAAAAGAUCGCCGGGAUGCGGAAAGAGAACCUCGGGAUGGCGAAAGCCGCCGGGGUCAUUGGGGCCGCAAUGAAGAAAAGGUCGAUAACGUGGAUACCGCUGACAAUACACGUGUAACCGAGGGAGACGCUGCCCGUUCCACAGGGGCUGCUGGAGCGGCUUCUGAAAGGACCCGCCGCAACACUUUCAACAACCGCCCGCGCGACCGAUUUAGGAACCGUGAGCUGCAACAGGAACAACAACCCGCCGCCCCCGCCGAUUCAGCGGCUGCCGUUCCUGCAACUUCCAGCGCUGCAGACAAUAAAGGUGAUGCCGGCAGGAACGAUCAUAAACCCCUCCCCCGCUCGGAAGCCAACAGAAGAGGUCCCGGAGGAAGCAAAGAGGCGAAGAACAACAAAAAAGAGGCGUGGGCCAGUGAGAAAAACGAUGCCAACAAUGGUGGCGCCGCUCCUGAUGCUGCUGCGGCAGAGGAGAACGUAACCCCCGCUGAACAACGGAAGAAGUUUCCACGGAGCAGGGCUGAUAAAAAAAUUGCCGGUGAAGGCACCAGACUGGAGCACAGGAAAGGUCCGACGGACCAUGUGCGGCUAAUAGAUGCACCAAAGGGCCAAAAUGAACAAAUUAGUGCUGCAAUUAAGCGAAUAACUGGUGAAGAACCAAAGAAAGUUGUUCCGUUUGGUCGCGGGAACGACAUUGUGUGCCAAUUAAGCACGGAAUCAGCCGCCGAGGCUUUGUUGGAGAAACCGCCCGUGGUGAAUGAGUGUGCACUCAGGGUGGCACGGUUCUAUCCCUAG